AUGUUUCUGUUCCUGGUGGUAACUGUUGCUCUAUGCGUAUUCACGGAUCCCGCCAAGUCUCAAACAGCACUCGAUAAAGACGAGUUGAGGGCUAUUAAAAACCAACUGAAUUUGCUGAUAGAAAAAAGACAACAGGAUUACCAGCAGUUGGAAAAAUCGCUUUACGAAUCUCUGAAAGGAAACACAGACCUCGACGCGUUGAAAGAAGAAAUUCAAUUGAUCAGGGAUGAACAUACGAGGAUGGCCCAUUCUAACAGCGAUGGGAUCCGCGAUAAAGUAGCCGUAGGAUGGCUAAAGGAAGUAAUUGGUGGUUUGAGAUCAGAAAUGCAAGCAGUGUGGUCGGCCAUCAAUGAAACGGCACAGAUACACAAGACUGUAGCCAUACAAAACGAUCUGCAAGCACUGAGGAAUGACUUGGAUUCUGACCGAAAAGACUUGCAAACAAUGCAAGGAGAAUUACUGUCAGUUAAGAAGAAUGUGGAAGAAAUAUCUGCUAAGCAUUCCGAAUUGGAGAAAAAGAUUAACACCAUGGCUAAACAUCAAAACAUAAUUGAUAAAAAAAACAACGAAAAUGACAUACAAACCGCCUAUAAAAACGUUUAUAAACGAGUAGCGUUUAACGUUGACGACGACAACAAUAACAUCGAGCGUUUGCGGACGAACGUCAUCACCACCAUGGUGACGGACCGAGAGGCGCAAGAGCUGGAACAGCUGGAGUCAUCGCGCAAAUACCUGGCGCACCGGAUGGCCCGUCUGGAGAAGCGUAUGAAGGGCGUGCUAUACCGAGAGAGCGCGGCUAUUGAGCGGGAAAACCGUCUGUCCCGGCUGGAGGCUGACCUUAACGCCACCAAGGAAGCGCUGGCGUUUAACGCCACGCGCCAGGAUGCCACCCAGGACAGGCUUCACGGGUCCUUACUAGAGCUGCUGGAAAGCGUGGAAAAUCUUGACGACCGAGUGGACGCGUGUCUGCCGGAAGUGCGUAAAGAAAUAUCGAAAAUCGAAUUUACCGUGGCCCGGAUAAACGCAUCCGUGGCCAUCAUUAAAGAAGACCAAAACAACCAAAUGUUGACUACAAAAGCCCUCGGCGAAGGGAUGUCGGCCAUACAGAGAAAAAUGACCAUGUACAACAAUGAAAAACAAAUCGGGAAAACGGUUACUAACCCUAAUAUAAUGAAAGAAAAUUGUACGGAAUGUGCACAUGCAAUCGACGAAUUGGCCACAUUGCAAAAUUCAUUCGAAAGAAUUGUCGACGGACUUCCCAAAGAUUGUUCUAAAAUGAAACACUCGGGAACGUACCUGAUAGCACCGGAUGGAAAAAACCCUUUGCUCGUUCAAUGUGUCUUAACGGAUGGUAUGUCUUGGAUUACGRUACAAAAAAGGACCAAUGACCAUCUCAAAUUCAAUAACAAUUGGAACGAGUAUGCCAAAGGUUUCGGAAAUUUAUACGGCGAUUUUUGGUUGGGCAACGAAGCUAUCCACCGUUUGACGGCGGACAACGCGUCUUCUCUGCGCGUCCAGAUGACCGACAUAUACGGCAAUCAUUGGCGGGCGAACUACUCGAACUUUUCGAUAUCGAACUCCACUGACGGUUACAGGCUGGACAUUUCCGGUUACAGUGGCAACGCCACCGACGCUCUGUCCUUCCAAAACGGUCACCGGUUCAGCACGGCMGACCGCGACCAAGACGCCAGCACGGCGAACUGCGCGGCCAACUACGAGGGUGGCUGGUGGUACUCGCGGUGUCAGCACGCAAACCUCAACGGCAAGUACAACUUUGGWCUGACGUGGUUCGACACCAGCCGCAACCAAUGGAUGGCGAUCGCUGAGAGCGAGAUGCAAGUCGGACGUCCGGUAUCCACAUGAUAAUAUUACUGCAGACCACCUAUUAUAUUAUUAUCAUAGGCGUAGAUUUGAUUGCAUUUAAGGGAAGACUUAAAUGUUUCUUUAGAAAUUAAGAAGUGGGKACUUUAGAAAAUGUUCAAUAAUUCAGGAAUCUUAAAAUUUUUUUUUGAGAGGAAGGAGGGGAGUCCUACUCACCCAUCCAAUCGCCGCCUAUGACAAUUAUUAUAAUACCCGACAUAUCAUGAUUACAUACUAUAAUACCUUCGUCCGAACUAUGUUCAACCCACACGUGUGCUAGUCAAGUGAAGACAAUGUUGAGUUUAUAUUUUUUAUACCUGCAUAAUAUUGUUAGUUUCAUUUUUUUUUUCUAUUUAUAUUUUGAACUGAUUAGGUAAUAGAGAUUUGAUAAUUUGAUUGACGUCAUACAUUUUAUAUUUUUUUCAAUUCAUCUUGAUGUCAAAUGUUAAGGAUAUUCACUAUAGUCUAUAAGAAUAAUAAACAUAACUAUUUUUAAGCGGAAUUUUACUGUAAAGUGUAUUCUGUAGAAUAGUAAAUUU